AACGACGUCCAUCCCUUCGCAUCUCUCAACAUCGACGUCUGUUCCACCCCCUUCUCUCAGUUAGCCGUUUCACCUCCAAACGACACAUCUCACCCAUGGAAAGCAUCAGCAUCAUUACGUCUCCAGAGCAGCUGGCAGAGCUCAAGAAGACCUCCAUCCUCCUCAUUAUCGAUUGUGCGUUAACCCCUCCUUCCUCCCAUCCCAUCCCUCUCCAUCCCUGCUGCAUACCCCCCGCGUGGUAUCAUGUUGCCGGUUUGGAGUUUCAGUAAUUUCGCUGACUAGCAGAUUUCCCUUACAGUUCAUGCGACCUGGUGUGCCCCAUGCAAACUCGUCAACCCAAUCUUCGUGAAGCUAGCCGAGAAGCUUGCGUCUCCCGGGAAAAUAGCCUUUGCAAAGUGUGAUGUCGAUGACAACCAACAGAUAUCCAAGGACCUUGACGUUACAGUGUAGGUAGCACACGCCGUGCGGGCCGUGUAUUCGUUAUCGCUCACAUCUCUCUUUUUAUUUCUUUGGGCCGACACAUUUUCGUUUCUUUUCUCCCCCCAGGCCCAACAUUGUCGGGCGUGGGGGGGAGGGCCUUACUUUUUUUGGGAUGGAAAUUAUGGGGGCUAACACGAGCUCAUUUUACUCUGCAGGAUGCCAUCCUUUCUCGUGUUCAAGAAUGAAGUUCUGGUUGAGCGUAUCCAUGGCGCCAACCCCACGAUUCUCAGGACUGCUCUUACCAAACUGGUGGCCGAGGUUCAGGCUGUCGAUUCUGGAUCCUCUUCAGCUGCCGGAGGGUUUACGGCCUCCGAAACAGGGCCCACUGCUGCCACCUCCGCCACCGCUGCCACCGCUUCCACUUCUACCCCUGUCACCGCCACAUCGAGCGAUGGCGAUGCGGGCUGGCUUGGUGCUGAAUUGCCGAAGCCAUACAGUGAUGUUACAGACCAGGUGGACCUCAAGCAGUUGGAUCUUCUCAACGCAAACUCCGAAUUCGGAGCAGCCAAGAUAUUUUUUGACACGAGAGCGCCCAGCAAGAGCACCGCUAGCAGUAAAGGGAAGGAGAAGGAUUCGGGUACCGAGGCAGCAGCGGCGAGUAGGGAUUGGGUCGAGUCUGACACUGAUGAACAGCUCAUGCUCUUCAUCCCCUUUCAGUCCACCGUCAAGAUCCAUACGCUUCAGGUGACAUCCCUCGCCCCAGCCCCGGAAAGCCCAGAUUACGAUAAGGACGAUGACACACCAUCUCGCCCCAAGACAGUCAAAAUCUGGGUCAACCCACCCCACACGCUGUCCUUUGAGGACGGCGAGGGCCCAGCUACGCAGGAAAUUACACUGGAUCCUUCCGACUGGGACCCCAAGACCGGGACGGUUUCCAUACCCCUCAAGUACGUCAAGUUCCAGAGCGUGAGCACGCUCAACAUAUUUUUCGUUGAUGUUGAGAAUGAGGAGGCCGAGAAGGUUAGAAUUGACAGGCUGAGGGUCAUUGGGGAGAAGGGCGAGAAGAAGGAGAUGGGCAAGUUGGAGAAGAUUGGGGAUCUGUCUGGGGAAUGAGUUUUCUGGAAGGCAUUUCUUUGUUCCACACACGAUUCCAAGGGGAGUUUGUGGUGUUAAUUUUUUUCUUUUCUCUUCCUUUUCCUGUUCUUUGAAAGAACUCUUUUCCUUUUUUUUUUUAGGUCUUCAAAAUAAAUGAUUGGGCUGGGCGAGGGAAAGAGAGGGAGAAAAGCAAAUUUUAGCAGAGCAGAGCAUAGCAAUGUGAGGGGAGUUUUGAGGAGAAGAAGUUGUAGUAAAAAAAAACAAAGCAAGAGGCUUGAAUAAAUUUCAUGUCAUUGGGUGCAGUACUUUUUUCCCUUCUUCCCUCUUUUCCCCUCCCUCUUUUUCCCCUACUUUAUUCGGGCACCUUUUCAGGGAGAAAGUCAGGAGAAAAAAAUACAAGUACGGUAAAGGUUAGAUUCGAAAAAGUAAUCAACCAAGAAGAGAAGCAGAAAAAAGACUCAAACGAAGCCCAGCGCGGGUUUCUUUUCUUUUCUUUCCCCCGGACUACUACAAUAAGUCUGCCCGUCUCAAUCGCUUCCCAGAGUACACUACCGGUACCGUGCUGUUACUGGAGGAUACCGGCAUUUGCAACUUGCAGUAUGUAUGAUACGCACUUUAUUUUUUUGUUUGUCGCCCUUUGAACACCCUUUCCUUCCUUCCUUCCUUCUUUAAU